GCAUCAUCAAGGUGGGUCGUUGGAACCCUCUGCCCAUCCACUUCCUAACAGACUCUCCUGAGGCCACGGUGGCUGACAUGUUGCUGGACGUCUAUCAUAUGGUCACCCUCCGCAUUCAGCUACAGAGGUGUGUGUGUGCAUGCAUGUUACUUUCUGUAGAGGGGUGAGGAGGAAAAUGUGGUGGGCAGAUAUAGCUUUAGCUACACAGCUUAUAAGCUUACAGUGACAUAAUUUAUUGAAAGGCUUUGCAUUUCCACUGUUUAGAAAUAGAUUGAUUUUGAAGAUACUACAACAUUCCAGCUGUUGGAAUAAAGUUGGAGUAUUUCAAUGUUAUUGAAUCAGACAGAGUUCCUUUGGGUGACUGAUCUCAUCUUGGCAUAUUCUACAUUUUCACUAUAGGCCUCUGUAGUUCAACAGUUUACCAUUGUGGAGCAUUAGGUUUAAAAUCUAAAUUGGGCACGAUCCAAGGAGGCAGCUAUCCCAGAUCCCAGUAUCAGAGAUUUAUCUAUUAUCUGCCUUUCUCUCCAAGAGGGCUUUCAUGCCAGUAACUUGUACUUUCCCAAAGAAUCAGUGAACAUGGCCCUGAUAGCCAGAUAAACAGAGAUGGAUAGACUCCAGAUAAGUGGAUUGUGGUCCUUAUUGUGUUGUCGCAUACCGUCCAGCUUUGUUUACAUCUGUCUCCAUGGUGAUGGUAUUGCCUGACAUGUAUAGUAUUGCCACAGAUAGAACAAUGAGCCAGAUGAUUCACCGGAUUUAUGAAUCUGAAGCAUCCCUAUGGAAUUUCUACACCACCAAAUAUGGUGAUGAGAGAAAGCCCAGUGGCCGGCAGUGGGAGAAGAUGGAGUGAGAUGGAUUUUGGCCGACGUUCUGCAAAACUUCUCAUGAAAGAAACAUUUGAUCUCAAUACAGUCUUCUGUUCCCCAAAGUUUUUUAAAAAUUGCAUUGCUUAGAAAGAGUGCAAGGGCGAAUUGAGUUAUUGCACACACUCAUUUCACAGAGAAGACGUUCUCUAACGGAAAUAUGCAAAUACAUGCUAGAAUGCGCCAAUAGGAGUUCGCUAGCUCGUGAUUGGAUCUGCCCACCUCCUUGCUUGUUUUGCCCACUAUGAUUAAUUUGCUCCCAUUGGAAACAACAGGCUGUCGUCUAUCUUGGGUUAGUUAUAAAAAUCUUUGGUAUUGCCCUUAGCGACUGAUGUGAGUUGAGGCAAAUAAAUAGGUAGUUUGUGGGAUAGUACAAUAUCUGGAUAGGAUAGUGCAUUCCAAUUCCCUAGUUAUUGACUAAAUAGUUAUUCAGUUAUGAUGUAGUGAUGAACUUACACAAAGCUGGUGCAACCUAGCCUGGUUAAACCAGACUGAAUGCAGUAUUCAGUCUAGAUUAACCAGGCUAGGUGCAACCAGCCCCAGGACAGGAAGUAGGAAGUGACUGACUUUUUCUAUGGUUCUGUAGCUUUGCCAAGCUAGAGGACCUUCCGUCAGAGCAGUGGAACCACGCCACGGUGAGGAACGCCCUCAAGGAGCUUCUCAAGGAGAUGAACCAAAGCACACUGGCCAAGGAGUGCCCCCUCUCACAGGUGAUACUGAACCCCUAUAAAACCUCCACAACACUCCAAUACUACCCUGAUCUGCUCAAUUCUCUCACAAUCAGGGCUCUAAAGUAUGACCAUUUUGGUCACGUAACACCUUCCUAAUAUUGAGUUGCACCCCCUUUUGUCCUCAGAACAGCCUCAAUUCGUCAGGGCAUGGACUCUACAAGGUGUCGAAAGCGUUCCACAGGGAUGCUAGCCCAUGUUGACUCCAAUGCUUCCCACAGUUGUGUCAAGUUGGCUGGAUGUCCUUUGGGUGGUGUACCAUUUUUGAUACACACGGGAAACUGUUGAGGUUGAAAAACCCAGCAGCGUUGCAGUUCUUGACACACCCAAACCGAUGCGCCCAUCACCUACUACCAUACCACAUUCAAAGGCACUUAAAUAUUUUGUCUUGCCCAUUCACCCUCUGAAUGGCACACAUACACAAUCCAUGUCUCAAGGCUUAGAAAUCGUUCUGGAACCAGUCUCCUCCAUUUCAUCUAAACUGAUUGAAGUGGAUUUGAAAAGUGGCAUCAAUAAGUGAUCAUAGCCUUCACCUGCAUUCACCUGGUCAGUCUGUCAUGGAAAGAGCAGGUGUUCCUAAUGUUUUGUACACUCAGUGUAUUGUUGUGCCUAGAAAGAAAUCUGCCAGAUAGUAAUUGUUGUAAUGAUUAGGCUUCGCUGUACCAUUGUUUCUGAGAGCCCUAGAGAAAAAGCAAGCACAGAUUCGUGACCGUGAUGGUUGCACCAUUACUAAGAGAAAACCUCUUGUUUAAAAAGAUGUGACCCAUUAGCUGCGCUACGUUUUUUCCCUUCUAUUGCGCAUUGGUGCUGCAGUUGAUGCAUCUCCAUUGGCGGGCCGCAUUUUAUAUUCAUUAACCAUGACGCGUGCGUUCUAAAACUACUCGCGGGCCGUUAACACUUUGGGUGCGUUCGUAAAUUCAAUCUGGAGUGCCAGAGUGCGCUCUGGGUGUUCGUAAAUUCAGAGCGUUGUCAGAUUGUCCGUUCGUAAAGUGCACACUGGACGCUCUGGCCAAGGAGUUGGGUUGAUCCGAGCGUUCUGACCUCACAACGGUAGUCAAGCACCCAAGCUAAUUGGCUAACGUUGGCUAGCUACUUCCAGACACAAAUGAGAGAACACCUCACUCUGACCAUUUUACUCGACCUAGCAAAGCUGGUUAGGCUGUUUUCAUGUUAUCCAGAGCGUUGGUGACUGUAACUGUGCUGCUGGCAACAAUUUAAUUACGCUUCUUUGCCGACGUUUACUGACACCGGCCAUAUUCAACUGGUGUUGAGCGUUCGUAAAUGCAUCAGUUAUUCUGCGCUCUGGCACACUCACACAAGAGUGCUCUGAAAUCGGAGUAGAUAGCCAGAGUGAAUUUACGAACGUAACAUUUGUUAAGUCAUGUUACCUCAUUAGCUAGCUAGCUAACAACCUGGUAACUUUACCAGUGUAUCCAAACAUUAGGGGGCACAGAAAGAAUGGAAAAGGCAUAGCGUCUUCAGGAGAUCAAUCAUCAUAGCAAUGAAUGAAUGACAGAUUCACACGCCAUCAUUCAGAACCGCGCUGACACUCUUAAAGAGACAGUGUACAAUUUUCAAUGUAAUGCAUCUCAAUAUGAAACAACGCUUUUCACACAAUGUAGAAACCUACAAUUCCCCAAAUGACUUUAUAUAUGUGUGUGAUUUAUGUAUCUGUGCAUGCUGUGUUUAAAUGGAGCUCAAUGCGUGGGUGUUGAUCCCUGCUUCAAUUGCAUCCAUGUGUGUGUGGCUGCUAUGGCUAUGGGCUAUAUUUCAAUGGGUGGCUUCCCAUGGUGAUAUACAGUACCAGUCAAAAGUUUGGACACACCUACUCAUUCAAGGGUUUUUCUUUAUUCUUACUAUUUUUUACAUUGUAGAAUAAUAGUGAAGACAUCAAAACUAUGAAAUAACACAUAUGGAAUCAUGUAGUAACCAAAAAAGUGUUAAACAAAUCAAAAUAUAUUUUAUAUUUGAGAUUCUUCAAAUAGCCACCCUUUGCCUUGAUGACAGCUUUGCACACUCUUGGCAUUCUCUCAACCAGCUUCACCUGGAAUGCUUUUCCAACAAUCUUGAAGGAGUUCCCACAUAUGCUGAGCACUUGUUGGCUGCUUUUCCUUCACUCUGUGUUCCGACUCAUCCUUAACCAUCUCAAUUGGGUUGAGGUCUGGGGAUUGUGGAGGCCAGGUCAUCUGAUGCAGCACUCCAUCACUCUCCUUCUUGGUAAAAUAGCCCUUAAACAGCCUGGAGGUGUGUUGGGUCAUUGUCCUGUUGAAAAACAAAUGAUAGUCCCACUAAGCCCAAACCAGAUGGGAUGGCUUAUCACUGCAGGAUGCUGUGGUAGCCAUGCUGGUUAAGUGUGCCUUGAAUUCUAAAUAAAUCCAGACAGUGUCACCAGCAAAGCACCCCCACGCCAUAACACCUCCUCCUCCAUGGUUUACGGUGGGAAAUACACAUGCGGAGAUCAUCCGUUCACCCACACCGCGUCUCACAAAGACACGGCGGUUAGAACCAAAAAUCGCCAAUUUGGACUCCAGACCAAAGGACACAUUUCCACCGGUCUAAUGUCCAUUGCUCGUCUUUCUUGGCCCAAGCAAGUCUCUUCUUCUUAUUGUGUCCUUUAGUAGUGGUUUCUUUGCAGCAGUUCGACCAUGAAGGCCUGAUUCACACAGUCCCCUCUGAACAGUUGAUGUUGAGAUGUGUCUGUUACUUGAACUCUGUGAAGCAUUUAUUUGGGCUGCAAAUUCUGAGGCUGGUAACUCUAAUGAACUUAUCCUCUGCAGCAGAGGUAAAUAUGGGUCUUCCAUUCCUGUGGUGGUCCUCAUGAGAGCCAGUUUCAUCAUAGUGCUUAAUGUUUUUUGCGACUGCACUUGAAGAAACUUUCAAUGUUCUUCAAAUGUUCUGUAUUGACUGACCGUCAUGUCUUAAAGUAAUGACGGACUGUCGUUUCUCUUUGCUUAUUUGAGCUGUUCUUGCCGUAAUAUGGACUUGGUCUUUUACCAAAUAGGGCUAUCUUCUGUAUCCCCCCCUACCUUGUCACAUCACAACUGAUUGGCUCAAACGCAUUAAGAAGGAAAUAAAUUCCACAAAUGUAAGAAGGCACACCUGUUAAUUGAAAUGCAUUCCAGGUGACUACCUCAUGAAGCUGGUUGAGAGAAUGCCAAGAGUGUGCAAAGCUGUCAUCAAGGCAAAGGGUGGCUAUUUGAAGAAUCUCAAAUAUAAAAUAUAUUUUGAUUUGUUUAACACUUUUUUGGUUACUACAUGAUUCCAUAUGUGUUAUUUCAUAGUUUUGAUGUCUUCACUAUUAUUCUACAAUGCAUAAAAUAGUAAAAAUAAAGAAAAACCCUUGAAUGAGUAGGUGUGUCCAAACUUUGACUGGUACUGUAUGUAUAUAUUUUUCAAUGGUUGUUUGUGUCUGUGUGUGUGUGUGUGUGUGUGUUUGUGUGCAAGUGAGCGAGCAUGCAAAUGUAUCCCCAAUUAAACAUCUCUCUCUCCCCUUCUCUCUCCUUCUCUCUCCCCCCUUAUCUCUCCUCUCUCUCUCCCCUUCUCUCUCCUUCUCUCUCUCCUUUUCUCUCUCCUUCUCUCUCUCCUCUCUCUCUCCUUCUCUCUCUCUCCUUCUCUCUCCCCCCUUCUCUCUCUACAGAGUAUGAUUUCCUCAAUAGUAAACAGCUCCUACUAUGCCAAUGUCUCAACUGCCAAAUGUCAGGAAUUUGGACGCUGGUACAAGAAGUACAAGAAAAUCAAAGGUGCGAGUUCUGACCUCUGGGAACUCCAAAAUGGCAUGGACCAAUUUCACUUUACUAACUGUCUCCUAUCCUUCUCUAACCUAUACCUUAGCCAAUGAUUACAUUUUACAUUUUAGUCAUUUAGCAGACGCUCUUAUCCAGAGCGACUUAUAGUUAGUGCAUACAUUUGUAUUUUGUAUAUAAAACAUUUUAUACUGCCCCCCGUGGGAAUCAAACCCACAACCCUGGCGUUGCAAGUGCCAUGCUCUACCAACUGAGCUACACGGGGCCCAUAUACUGGAUUGGAUUGGCCAAGCCAUUUGAGUGAAAGCCUACUAUUCGAUUAUUAUCAUGUUUCUGAUUGGCCAAGCCAUUUGAGUGACAGCCUAUUAGUGGCCAAUGGCCAUUCCCAGUCCUGUCCUGGGCUGACCCCUGGCUGGCGUCUGAAAGAGGGAGGAAGAGAUGAUAAUAAUGGAAAUAUAAAGUAGGGGGCCCAUGUCGCCUGUUAACUGACAUCUCCUUCCCACAGCAUUGGGAGCUUAGCACUGACUCUUCUUUAUUAGAACCAGCUGAUUCCUCCAGUGUAACCACAACCACAGGGGGUCCUACAGUACAACACAGGCCUGCCUCACAGACAGUCACACACAGACCACUGACCCCUCCUCACCCUGUCUGUAUGUCUCUCCAUCUGCCCAUCCAUCACACAAUGCCUGCAUGGGACAAUUUUUACCCUACACUCCUGCCCCCUUGUUCCCCAUCACACACACACACACACACACACACACGCACACACACUCCCCCAUAGCUCUAUAAUUACCCUGCCAGACAGAUCAAAGCAAAGCCCAAACCACAAACACAGAGUCACAGAGAGACCAGAGGAGAAUAAAGUGAUGUGGAGGGAGGCAGUGGUUGCCUGACAGAGUGAGUUGAUGCAGUGUUGGGUUACACAGCCACUCCACUAUUAGUUCUGGUCUCUGCCUGGCAGGGAAAAACACACGGUGUACGUUCACUAGCCUCCAGAUGUGGACACAGGUGAGUAAUGGGUGAUCACCCAUUGGCUGGCUGUCCUGUCAGUCAUAGUCGAGGAGUGCGCAUAGGUGUAUAGGAGAGGAAUGUGUGUACAGUAUGUGUGUGUUGUUAAGUGUUGCCUCUCUCACCCUAUCUCUCUCGUUUCCUAGGAGAUUAUCUGGAGAAGAUGUGGCCAGGAAGAGAAAAUUCAGAAAUCAAAGGUGAGGAAUCUACUGUUUGUACUGUUUCUAUGGUUAACUGAAAAUAGAAUUUGGCCCACUAUGUUAGACCAGCACCACACUCAUCUCCCCUUCCUUCCUUCCUUCCUUCCUUCCUUCCUUCCUUCCUUCCUUCCUUCCUUCCUUCCUUCCUUCCUUCCUUCCUUCCUUCCUUCCUUCCUUCCUUCCUUCCUUCCUUCCUUCCUUCCUUCCUUCCUUCCUUCCUUCCUUCCUUCCUUUCCCCAGUGGAGAGAGACAGCCUGGCAGACUUCUGUGUCCUGGGCCAGCGUCCCCCUCCCCACCUGGCCAGCCUGGCCCAGCUCAACCACCUUGGAGGGGGUGGAGGUGCCCUCCUCAAGGGUGGAUCUGGAGACCCCCAGAACCCCUCCCAACCCCCCCAACAACAACCCAACAACACCCCCCCUCGCCCCACGGCCAGCUCCACCACAGCCCCCCUCUUCGUGGCCAGGUCCCCCCUCCCGGCCCUCCAAGCUUCCCUUCAGCCUCUCCUCAGCCCAGGCGGGCUUCUCUCCCCCCAGCUUAGCCCUCAGCUGGUCCGACAGCAGCUAGCCAUGGCUCACCUCAUCAACCAGCAGCUCGCUGUUAACCGCCUGCUAGCCCACCAGCACCCACAGGCCCUCAACCAGCAGUUCCUCAACCACCCUCCCAUCCCUCGGCCCUCCAAGGCAGGGGCCCCUGGGGACCCCGGGAACAACCCGUCUGCUGCGGAGGUCUCCAAUGAUAUCUACCAGCACGUCAGGGACGAACUGAAGAGAGCCAGCGUCUCACAGGCUGUGUUCGCUCGCGUGGCCUUCAACAGAACACAGGUAACCAGACUAACAGAACACAGGUAACACAGUUAACAGAACACAGGUAACCAUAGAAUGCAGGUGACAUGCUGUAACAGAACACAGGUAACCAUAAAACACAGAUGACAUACUGUAACAGAACACAGGUAACCAUAGAACACAGGUGACAUACUGUAACAGAACACAGGUAACCAUAGAACACAGGUGACAUACUGUAACAGAACACAGGUAACCAUAGAACACAGGUGACAUACUGUAACAGAACACACGUAACCAUAGAACACAGUUGACAUAGGUAACAGAACACAGGUAACCAUAGAACACAGGUGACAUAGGUAACAUAACACAGGUAACCAUACAUGGAUGGCCUUCAACAGAAUACAGGGCAGGAAACACACCAACUAUGUAGCCACACAUAGGGCAGGUCAGGGCAGGGGUAAAGGACUGAAGACACAGGGUGAAAGGAUGGAAUAAUGUUAAGGCUGAUGUCGCAUUCAAGCUUUACACAACAAUUUGGAGUAUUGGGAUGACUUUGACACAAGUUAGCAGUAAUAUUUAUAUGAUUUGAUUUCUCCUCUGGGGUUUCAGCCAGUUUCAGUUCAAUCUCUGAGUGUUAUGAUUGAGGUAAACUGGUGCCACAGCUUGCUGUUUCCCCGCUCCAGUUCAGUUUCUUCCUCCGCCCUCCCAGCAGUACACACACCUGCUGUAUUCACACACAGUCACACCCCAUUAAAACCAAUAUGGAGCCCACAUGAGGGGGAGGGAGGUUUGCGCUUUAGGGCUGGUGAAGUGUGCGUGUGUGUGUUGUGCAGGCAUGCAUGCAUAUGGUUGUACGUGCGAGUGCGUACAGUGUGUGUGUGCGCAAGCUGCGAGCCACUCAUUCUAAAUGUAUACGUUUGCGGCGUGCGUGCAUGUGUGUGUGUGUGCACCAGGGCCUGCUGUCGGAGAUCCUGCGGAAGGAGGAGGACCCUCGCUCUGCCUCUCAGUCCCUGCUGGUCAACCUCAAAGCCAUGCAGAACUUCCUCAACCUCCCUGAGGGGGAGAGAGACCGUAUUUACCAGGAGGAGCGUGAGCGCAGCAUGAACCCUCCUGUCGGCCUGCCCCCUACCCCUACCUCCAGCCCUGGGGGCCCCCGCCUCUCACAGGUACCCCACCCACCGCCCCCCAAAUCUACCAUAGACAUUCUCCACUAAACUCCUCUACAGCAGGGCCUGUGUGUGUCUGGUUGACUGUGGUGUGUCUGUCUGUCUUUGUGCCUUGUUGAUGGUUUAUGUUGUCUGUGUGUUUUUGUUUUUGUCUGGUGGUUGUCAAGUUUUCUUUGAGUUUGCUUUGCUUGGUGUCUGUGCUGUUAGUAUUGGUCUUCCACACAGGGUGAUCUACCAAGUCAGGGUUAGAAUAAUGGACUGGGAAAGGGGAUAGUACCAAAGACUGAUCUAACCAUAGGUACAGUGAGGGAAAAAAGUAUUUGAUCCCCUGCUGAUUUUGUACGUUUGUCCACUGACAAAGACAUGAUCAGUCUAGAAUUUUAAUGGUAGGUUUAUUUGAACAGUGAGAGACAGAAUAACAACAAAAUAAUCCAGAAAAACGCAUGUCAAAAAUGUUAUAAAUUGAUUUGCAUUUUAAUGAGGGAAAUAAGUAUUUGACCCCCUCUCAAUCAGAAAGAUUUCUGGCUCCCAGGUGUCUUUUAUACAGGUAACGAGCUGAGAUUAGGAGCACACUCUUAAAGGGAGUGCUACUAAUCUCAGCUUGUUACCUGUAUAAAAGACACCUGUCCACAGAAGCAAUCAAUCAAUCAGAUUCCAAACUCUCCACCAUGGCCAAGACCAAAGAGCUCUCCAAGGAUGUCAGGGACAAGAUUGUAGACCUACACAAGGCUGGAAUGGGCUACAAGACCAUCGCCAAGCAGCUUGGUGAGAAGGUGACAACAGUUGGUGCGAUUAUUCGCAAAUGGAAGAAACACAAAAGACUGUGAAUCUCCCUCGGCCUGGGGCUCCAUGCAAGAUCUCACCUCGUGGAGUUGCAAUGAUCAUGAGAACGGUGAGGAAUCAGCCCAGAACUACACGGGAGGAUCUUGUCAAUGAUCUCAAGGCAGCUGGGACCAUAGUCACCAAGAAAACAAUUGGUAACACACUACGCCGUGAAGGACUGAAAUCCUGCAGCGCCCGCAAGGUCCCCCUGCUCAAGAAAGCACAUAUACAGGGCCGUCUGAAGUUUGCCAAUGAACAUCUGACCUCUGUGACUACAAGAAACGUCUGACCUCUGUGAUUGCCAACAAGGGUUUUGCCACCAAGUACUAAGUCAUGUUUUGCAGAGGGGUCAAAUACUUAUUUCCCUCAUUAAAAUGCAAAUCAAUUUAUAACAUUUUUGACAUGCGUUUUUCUGGAUUAUUUUGUUGUUAUUCUGUCUCUCACUGUUCAAAUAAACCUACCAUUAAAAUUCUAGACUGAUCAUGUCUUUGUCAGUGGACAAACGUACAAAAUCAGCAGGGGAUCAAAUACUUUUUUCCCUCACUGUAACUAUAUGUUGAAAAAAGGCACAUAAAUACAUCUCAUUGAUUGUGUAUCUAUGUUUAGUGCGUGUGAUGUUAGAUGAAGAGAUGGUAACAAUUUUAACGUUUGACAGGACGUAUUUAGACCGACCAUCACUAACCAUGUCCCA